CACCUACCUGCAGGCGACUGUCGUGGCGGGCGGCGGCAGGCAUGGCUACGGCGGCGGCGGCGGCUCGUGGGGCUGGUGCAAGGGCGGUGGCGGCCCUGCGGAGCGGCUGCCGGACUGCGGCUCGGGGGCGGUCGCGCGCGGGCCCCGCACGGUCCUUAUGCACAGCACCUGGGACCGCCCCGGACAUGAAGCGCUACCUUUGGGAGCGCUACCGGGAGGCGAAGAGGAGCACGGCAGAAUUGGUUCCUUCGAUUAUGAGCAACUUGUUGAAUCCAGAUGCCAUCUUCUCAAACAAUGAGAUGAGCCUGUCGGACAUUGAAAUCUAUGGCUUUGAUUAUGAUUACACGCUGGUGUUUUAUUCCAGGCACCUCCACACACUGAUAUUUAAUGCCGCUCGGGACCUUCUCAUCAAUGAACACAGGUAUCCCGCGGAAAUCAGGAAGUAUGAGUAUGACCCAAACUUUGCAAUCCGUGGACUGCAUUAUGACGUGCAGCGGGCAGUCUUGAUGAAGAUCGAUGCUUUUCAUUACAUACAGCUGGGAACUGUCUACAGAGGCCUCAGCGUGGUCCCUGACGAGGAAGUCAUUGAAAUGUACGAGGGCUCCCACGUGCCUUUGGAACAGAUGAGCGACUUUUAUGGGAAGAGUUCCCACGGAAACACCAUGAAGCAGUUCAUGGACAUCUUCUCCCUGCCCGAGAUGACCCUGCUGUCCUGUGUGAACGAGUACUUUCUGAAGAACAACAUUGACUAUGAGCCCGUGCACCUGUACAAAGACGUCAAGGAUUCGAUUCGGGACGUGCACACCAAAGGAAUCAUGUACAGAGCAAUUGAAGCAGAUGUUGAAAAGUACAUCUGCUACCCUGAGCAGACCCGUGCAGUGUUGGCCAAACUGGCUGAUCACGGCAAGAAGAUGUUUCUCAUCACCAAUAGCCCCAGUAGCUUUGUGGACAAAGGGAUGAGGUAUAUUGUUGGAAAAGACUGGAGGGACCUGUUUGAUGUGGUCAUUGUUCAGGCGGAGAAGCCAAACUUCUUUAAUGAUAAGCGGAGACCUUUCCGGAAGGUGAAUGAGAAAGGCGUCUUACUCUGGGAUAAAAUCUACAAGUUGCAGAAAGGCCAGAUUUAUAAACAGGGUAAUUUAUAUGAAUUUUUGAAGCUUACUGGAUGGAGGGGAUCCAAAGUGUUGUAUUUUGGUGACCAUAUAUACAGUGACCUGGCGGACUUGACCCUGAAGCAUGGCUGGCGAACGGGUGCAAUUAUCCCAGAGUUAAGAUCUGAGCUCAGAAUUAUGAACACGGAGCAGUACAUUCAAACUAUGACCUGGCUACAGACCUUGACUGGGUUAUUGGAGCAGAUGCAGGUUCACAGAGAUGCGGAGUCACAGCUGGUUUUGCAGGAGUGGAAAAAGGAGAGGAAGGAGAUGAGAGAAAUGACCAAAGGUUCCUUCAACACCCAGUUCGGAAGCUUGUUCCGCACAGACCAGAACCCCACGUACUUCCUGCGGCGCCUGUCGCGGUUUGCCGACAUCUACAUGGCGUCCCUGAGCUGCCUCCUGAGCUAUGAUGUCAGCCACACGUUCUACCCCCGGAGAACCCCGCUGCAGCACGAGCUUCCUGCCUGGUCUGACAGGCCCCCGGCCACCAGGCUGCCGCUCCUGCAGGAGGCCCAGGUCAAGUAGCCAGCGGCCCAGGCACCCUGGGCGCGAAAAGCCAGGACCGGCGGCGGCCCCGCACCGGGCAGACUUUGCAUGGACGUGACUGUGCUUACGGACAUGCCUUGUGAUACCUAUUUUGUACAUUACGGAGGAUACCCCCCAGCUCGUGAAGACAGGAGCUCGCAGCCCAGAGGGACUGCCUUCCUGUACAUGUGGGGACAGCGGCUGGCUUCCUGUCAACACCCUGUGAUCGCCCUUCUUGUUUACUAAGGUACCGCGACCGGCGUCAGAUUUUCUGGGACGGGGAGGCUUCUUGAUACCAUCUCUGGAUUCCAGCAGGUGACGUUUUGAAACUCUUGAUUCUUCCAUGCAAAACGCAUGGAAAAAGUGAACAUUCACAGGCAGUGCAGGGGCCCAGUGGUGUGCACCGGUGAACUGCUCACAGAAAGCUGGUGCUUGAGCGAGCGCUGCGAUAGCAUACCACUGUGUCAGUGGCAGAGCUGGUCCCCAGACGGCAGCCAGUUCCCAGAUAUCUUCUGGUACUAGGGCUUUGGCACUCUGGUGCCUCACUUGAAAGCAGACUCAGCCUCUCUGGAAGUCUUUCGUGAGAAAGAACAAGGGGAGUUGCAAGUCCUUGGCCUUGAUUGUCCUCAGUAUCCGUGUCCCGUGUCCUGCCCCCUGCUGGGGAAGGACCAUUGUGCCCCAAGUGAUGGGCAGGUUCACUCUUUUCCCCAGAAGAGGUGGGCAAAGAGAGAAGAGCUUCUGGUUAAAUUUCCAGCCAGCAGAACAGACUUUGUAGAAGGAGGCUGUGAGAAAUAAACAGGUCAGAAGACAAAUGCCAGUGCAUUUGUGUUGGGUCUACAAGGAAUUUAUUUUAGCUGAAACUGCUACCUGUAUAUUGCUUGAAUGUGAUCGUUGGAGGAUGGAAAAUGAAACAAAAAAAAUGUCCUUGUAAUGAAGAGCCACGCCGUGACCCCUACUGGCUGUGUUGCAGUCUUAUUAACGUGUAUUACCAGAAACCGUCCUUGUUGGAGGGAAACGAGCAGAUGCCUGUCUCUCCUGACUUGUCAGCCGAGGAGAGGGGCUUGAAUCUAGCAGGAGGGGAGGGAGGUGGCCCUCUCCUCUUAGCCAUCUUCCACCCUCUCCUCCUCUUAGAUUGCUUUCCUGCCAUGUUUGUAUGUUUGGGGAGUUUGGGUGGUUUUCUUUAGGUGUCUGUGUUAAAGGUGGGCGAGGAUAAAGGACGCUGAAGCUAAGAGAAACAGAGUUGGAAAUGACCUAGCUGGCUGAGUGUUCCCAUUUCCUUCUGAGGACAAGGCAAGGGACACGCAUCCUUAAACCUAAAGGAUGCAGGUACAGGAGGAAGGGAGCUUGUGGAGAGAGGGCUCGCGUAUUCAGCGUUUUUAAUGGAUUCGUGUAUGGAGCCAGUUGUUGAUGAAAUGCUCGCUUGGCCUUCCACAGGAUACCUGCCCCAGUGUGGAAAUUAGAUGAGUCCCACAGCACGCAUUGUAAUGCUGCUUGUUAUAAUGGGAGUGUGCUUGUGAUAUUUUCUUGUAUUUAACUAAAAUAGUGAAGGUGAUUCUCUAGACCCAAUAGGCCCAAUUAGCCCCCGUUUUUUCCUUCUAAAUUUUAUUUGAAAUGCAGUAGAGUCCAUUCCUUUUUCAGACAGCAGGAGGCGUUUUGUUUGCUGUUUGUUAGCGCUCAGGGGUUUUACGCAUCCGAGUGCAUUGGAAGACUGGCGUUUCGGGGGUGCAGGUGGUGCCCAGAAAUGUUCAGUGUUGGGGUCCUCAGAGGAUACACUGGUGCUUUGGGCUGCUAGUUUCUGCUUUGGAGAAGCUGAGUGAGGAAGUAGGUAUUAUUUUAAAACAUUUUCUUAGUUUUUAUCAGGUAUUCAUUAGAUAUCUCCUAGGUGCCAGUGAUAGGGUGUCUUGUUUACUCAAGAAUGCAGUACAACUAUUCUUACAACCUGCUUUCAUGUACAUCUAGGUUAGGUGACCCAAGCCUGGGGGGAAGAAAUAGAUUUUCUGGGUGUGAAUAAUGAGUUUUACGACUUUUUACCAAUUAAGGUUUCGGUCUGUGGGCCAUGGUACGUGGCGGUAUUGAGAUCUCUCUGCGCAGGGCCCAACUGAGCAUGCGCCUGGCAGAUGUGAACCCGCGCUGGGGCCAGGACAGAGGCAUUCUUGUCUGUGCUCAGUCUUAACUUGUCACUGUUGUGACUCAGCUGGUUUUCAGCACGACGCACUGCAUUUUGUUCUUCCCGGUUUGUCCUCUGGUGCGCGCACUUACGAAGGCAUGUGGGUACAAGGGAAGGGAGUCUAUUUUCUACCACUUAAAACAUCAGUUUGGAAAGUGAACGGAAUAAAAUUAGUUUGCACAUUAAAAAAAUAUUUUCUGUUUUUAGCAUCAGUUAGACUGAUUUUCUCUGAAUGAUGUGAGCAAAAAUUCACAGUCCAGGGGCAGUCCUUGCCCCCCAAGGCUCACGUCCCUGUAGCUGGUUGCCCUGGAAGGAACCUGCACAACUCGUUUUUCCAGAGUUGUUUUUAAUAGAUGAAACCUGGCUUUUAAUAUAUUUUAGGAGUUUGUCUUAGAGCUCCCACUUUCCUCCUAACAUGGCCUCUUUUUUUUUUUUCCCCCUUUCAAAAAUUCUCUUCAGCUCCGUUAAUGCCAUCCAACAUAAACCACAUGUUACUGAUUCAGGCACAUCUCAGACUAAAUUCCUAGUCGCUUUGAAGGCAUUGGACCUCUUAAUUAGUGCAAAGGAGAAAUGAAAAGUAAUCUUUCUUCCUAGCUAAUUUAGCUUUGGGUGACCUAAAUAGCGUUCCCUCUCUUUUUGUCCCCAAAGGCCUCUAAAGCGGUAGAGUGUGUGCUAAAUACUGGAACUGGAUUCCACUCAGCCGAAUGCUCACCUGCUGCACGCACUCGGGAGCCCUUGUCUCGAAUGUGCUCUCAGACUAAAUUUGGCCAGAGGCAGGGUUCCUUGAUUGCUCUCUUCAACUACUAGGGAGCCAACCGAUGAUCUGCCCUCUUAGUAUUGAUUUCCUUUUGUACCAGUUCUCUGCGUUAGCAUAUGGGAGCUUGGCUCCAAGUUCAGCUAACCUUUAAUACCCUAGUGGAUUGAGGAAAAGAAAGGAAGUGAAGUUUCCCUAAUGCAAGGUUCAGCAAACUUUUCCUGUAAAGGGCCAGGCAGUAAAUACUUUCAGCUUUGCGGGCCAUUUUCUGCGGCCCCUCUCUAGGACUGGGCCUGCCUGUGGUCCAGUACAGCGUGGCUUAUGAAAACAGGCUGCAGGCUGGAUUUGGCCUUUGGGCCAUGGUCUGCCGAGCCCUGCUCUGAUGGAUCGUGUUGGUGGCAAUGGCGAGAUGACCUUGCUGAAAGCACGCGGAUGAAGCAGCCCACAGUUGGGUGCAGCCAGUAGAAAGUUCUGUAGGUAAGUGCGCCAUGUUCCCCUACGAGCUACUCUCUGGGCAUAUUUACUUUUAUGGCCAGUGGCAAAAUACUGUGUUUCCAGCACACGGCACGAUUGUCGUUGUGUAAUUGAGCUGCCAGACUCGGCAUUCAUUGAAUAUACCUCUCAUUGCCCUCAUCUGUGAUUGUGCUAGUAGCGUGUGAUGGGCUCGGAUGCCCAGAAGACCCUUCAGGACCGAAGGACUUAAUCCCCGCAACUGCUGGGUGUGCUGCUGGCUUACCGUCCGCAGCCGUCAGUCCUCCUUGGGAGCUUCCCCUGCUGAAAAGCCCUGCCUCGGAUGCGGAUGUGGUCAAGCUCCCUCCCUGGAGCAACUCUGAAGGCCUUUCAGCUCCAGAGCUGGGGGGAGGGCACACAGCUGAGGCCUCUCUGUCUGCACUGCAGCCCAGCUCCCUUCCCAUCCCCUCUCCCCUUCCCGGGUGUUGAUCCCAAGGACAGUCCCCAUCUCAGUAUCUGCUCUCCAAGGAACCAACCCACAGCAGUGCUCUGUACUUUUCUAUACUGCAGGCUUGAACUCUGACUUAGGAAACUGUUUUUUUAGUAGAAUGACAGAUUGUGCCUGUUUAAUUAAUUUCAGGCACAAUGAAUGCAAAUUAGAUAGACUUACUGUUUAUUCUGAAUGUGAAUUUGCUAUUUAUUCUAAAUGUUGAUUUUAUGUUACAUGACUUUGAACUUGUUGCCAAAUAAAAGUUUGAAUUGUAUUGUCCAGUU